CGGUGACCCGCGCAGGCCAGUGCUCUCUGGGGCCGUCUGAAGGUCAGGGUCCCCUGGCGACUGGCCUCAGCUCUCCCUGAGCUCCUGAGCUCGUGGCGGCGCCCCCGGCUCCUCCAGGCCUCCAGCAUCCGGAGAGCCCCGGGGGACUGAGAAUGCUGCUGGAGCCCCAGGCCAUGCAGCCCCGCAGCGCAGGUCCCUUCCAGCACCUGGCUCGGAGCGAUGACACGGAGUCCGGUGACGGCCAGUGGCGACUGGGAGAGAGGACGGCGGCCAUGCGCACAGAGAGGAUGCCCCAAUCACUGGUCGGGGGACACAAAGCUGAAGACCGUGCAGGGUGUGGUGACCAGGUACUGCAGCGACUACGGCAUGAUCAACGACCUCAUCUACUUCUCCAGCGAGGCCGUGGCUGGUGAGGUGCUUCUGAAUGUCGGCCAGGAGGUCAUUGCUGUCGUGGAGGAGAACAAAGUGUCCAAUGGGCUGAAGGCCAUCAGGGUGGAAGCUCUUUCAGACAAGUGGGAAGAUGACCACAAAGGCUCUGGCCUGGGGCUGUCGGACUCCAGCCCGCGGGUGCUGAUCGGCUGCGUGACGUCCCUGACGGAGGGGGCCGGCUACAUCAGCCAGAGCACCUACUUCUCGCUGGAGAGCGUGUGCGAAGGUUUCGUGCCCUGCAAGGGAGACUGGGUGGAGGCCGAGUACUGGAUCCGGCCGGGCACCUGGAGCAGCGAGGCUGUGUCGGUGAAGCCGCUGAGGUACAAGCGCGUGGACAAGGUCUGCAUCUCCAGCCUCUGUGGGCGCAACGGGGUAAUCGACGACAGCAUCUUCUUCACGCUGGACUCCCUGAGGCUCCCCGAGGGCUACGUGCCCCAGCGCCAUGACGUGGUCAGCGCGGUGGUGGUAGAGAGCAGCCAGUCCUGCUACGUCUGGCGGGCGCUGUGCCUGACGCCCUGGGGCAGCCGGAACGCCCCUGCGGCAAGUGGCCCUGCCGAGGAGGCCUGCGGGGCCCUCCUGCUGAAGGACAAAGGUGACAUUGAGGUCACCAGGGCGACCAACUUCGGCUCACUGCGGGAGGGAGGCAGCAGGAGCCUGGGCAUCUGGAUCGAGAACAAAGGGGCCGCCCCUCAGAACCUGGUCAGCUGCAGGCUGGCUGGCUGGGAUAAAGCCAAGCAGUUCAGGUUUCGAAAGCUGGACAGAGAUCCCGCAAGCCCGGGGGUGUGCCCCGCUUCUGCCCCUGAGGAGAAGACGUUCUCGGGCGUGAACGUCCCUCCGGGAAACGGCUGCCGGGACAGCGAGACCCAUGAGGCACUGGGCAGCGGCCCAGGCAGUGCCAGCGAGCCCCCACCAGCAGGUGACUGUGCCUGUGGGGGGCAGCUCAGAGAACGGGACCAGGGGGUCUCUAGGAAGCAGGUGGCAGAGCCCGAGCCCGCUGGACUCAUCCCGCCGGGGGGGAAGACGCUGCUCGUGGUCACAUGUGACGCCAAGAACUCGGGGCGCUGCCGGGAGCUCCUGCUGCUCUGCUUCUCCCACUUCAUCAUUGGGCGCUGCCUGGAAGUGAACGUGAUCAGUGGGGAGGAGGCGCUGAUCGCCGCGCGCGAGCCCUUCUCCUGGAGGAAGUCGCGGGGUCCCCCGGCCGUGGCCUCCGCCAAGACAACAGUGGUGGUGACCACGCAGAAGAGGAACUCAAGGCGGCAGCUGCCCAGCUUCCUGCCCCAGUACCCGAUCCCAGACCGGCUGAGGAAGUGUGUGGAGCAGAAGAUCGACGUCCUGACCUUCCAGCCGCUGCUGGCCGAGCUUCUGAAUGUGAACAACUACAAGGAGAAGUUCUCCGCCCUGCUGUGGCUUGAGGAGAUCCACGCGGAGAUCGAGCUCAGGGAAUACAACAUGAGCGGCGUCACGCUCAGGCGCAGCGGGGACCUGCUGGCACUGGAGGUGCCGGGGCUGGCCGAGAGCAGGCCCUCCCUGUAUGCAGGCGACAAGCUGGUUUUGAAGACCCAGGAGUACAACGGGCACGUCAUCGAGUACAUCGGCUACGUAACGGAGAUCCGCGAGGAGGACGUGACCCUGAAGCUCAACCCUGAAUUCGAGCGCACGUACAACUCGGAGCCCAUGGACGUGGAGUUUACGUACAACAGGACCACAAGCCGCCGGUGCCACUUCGCCCUCGAGCAGGCCGUGCACCUGGGCGUGAGAGUGCUGUUUCCAGAUGAAGUCGUCCUGCAGUCUCCCCAAGUGGCCGGGACGUGGAUGCCCUCCAGAAGCAGCAGGCCCUCCCCCACCGAGGCUAGGACUGCCGGGAAGGAUCCAGCUCAGACUGCGGCGCCGGCGAGGCGUGGGGGCGCUCAGGACACGCUGGGGCUGGCGGCAGAUACGGGUCUCCUGGCGCACGAGAGGGCCCGGGAGAGGGAGUUCUUCAACCCGGUGCUGAACGAGAACCAGCAGCUGGCAGUGAGACGCAUCCUGAGUGGGGAUUGCCGCCCACUCCCCUAUGUGCUCUUUGGGCCUCCGGGCACCGGGAAGACCGUGACCAUCAUCGAGGCCGUGUUACAGGUGCACCACGCGCUGCCCGAUAGCCGGGUCCUGGUGUGCGCGCCCUCCAACAGCGCCGCCGACCUGGUGUGCCUGCGGCUGCACGAGAGCCGCGCUCUGCGGCCCGGCGCCAUGGUUCGCGUGAACGCCACCUGCAGGUUCGAGGAGACGGUCCUGGAGGCCAUCAAGCCGUACUGCAAGGACGGGGAGGACAUCUGGAGAGCCUCGCGCUUCCGGGUCAUCAUCACCACCUGCAGCAGCGCCGGCCUCUUCUACCAGAUCGGUGUGAGGGUUGGCCACUUCACCCACGUAUUCGUGGACGAGGCAGGGCAGGCCAGCGAGCCCGAGUGCCUCAUCCCCCUGGGGCUGAUCUCAGACGUCAGCGGCCAGAUAGUCCUGGCGGGAGACCCCAUGCAGCUGGGCCCCGUCAUCAAGUCCAGGCUGGCCAUGGCCUACGGGCUGCACGUGUCCAUGUUGGAGAGGCUGAUGUCCCGGCCUGCGUACCUGCGAGACGAGGACGCGUUCGGGGCCUGUGGCGCCUACAACCCCCUGCUGGUGACCAAGCUGGUGAAGAACUACCGGUCGCACUCGGCCCUGCUGGCCCUGCCGUCCAGGCUGUUCUACCACCGGGAGCUCGAGGUCUGUGCAGACCCCGGGGUGGUGGCCUCCCUGCUGGGCUGGGAGAAGCUGCCCAAGAAGGGGUUCCCGCUCAUCUUCCAUGGCGUCAGGGGCAACGAGGCGCGGGAAGGGAGGAGCCCGUCCUGGUUCAACCCCGCGGAAGCUGUCCAGGUCAUGCGCUACUGCUGCCUGCUGGCCCGGAGCUCCGCCCGUCGCGUGUCGGCCGGCGACAUCGGCGUGAUCACCCCCUACCGGAAGCAGGUGGAGAAAAUCAAAAUCCUGCUGCGCAAUGUGGACCUGACGGACAUCAAGGUGGGGUCAGUGGAGGAGUUCCAGGGCCAGGAGUACCUGGUUGUCGUCAUCUCCACGGUGCGGUCAAACGAAGACAGGUUUGAGGACGACAGGUACUUCCUGGGCUUCCUGUCCAACUCGAAGAGGUUCAACGUGGCCAUCACCAGGCCCAAGGCCCUGCUCAUCGUGCUGGGGAACCCCCACGUCCUCGUCAGGGACCCCUGUUUCGGGGCGCUGCUGGAGUACAGCAUCACCAACGGCGUGUACACGGGGUGUGACCUGCCAGCCGAGCUGCAGUCCCUGCCGGCGUGAGCGCGACACCCUGUGGCCGCCCAGACAGGCAGAAGCGCCGUGGGGCUGCCCCUGCCCCUCGCUGUCCGGCCUCGCCUGCCGAGGACCCAGCCCAGGAGGGAGCGGGCGACCGGCCGAGAGGCUGUUGCUGCGCCGCCCUGUCUGGCCACCACUGACGGCCGGAGGGGUGUCCUCGCGCAGGGAUUACACCCCUCCCUUCCGCCCUGGGGUGCCCCAACCCCCCCAAUAAACACUCAAGCAGAUGCCAGUGUGUACGUCCGCG